CGGAGCGGCGGGCUCGGAGCCCCUCGUUGCAGCCCCCGUUAAAAUCUGGGGGUAAUCCGUUGUUGUUGUGGUUUUUGUUUGUUUUUUUUUUUUUUUUUUUUAAUUGAUUUCCGUCGGCUCGCGCCGCAGCGCCGGCAUCAUGGGGCUGCCGGCGCUGGAGUUCAGCGAGUGCUGCCUGGACAGCCCGCAGUUCCGGGAGCGGCUCCGCUCGCACGAGGCCGAGCUGGAGAAGACCAACAAGUUCAUCAAGGAGCUCAUCAAGGACGCCAAGUCGCUCGUCGCCGCCCUCAAGAAUCUGUCGUCAGCCAAGCGCAAGUUCGCCGACUCCCUCAAUGAGUUUAAAUUCCGCUGCAUCGGCGACGCUGAGACGGACGACGAGAUCUGCAUAGCCAAGUCCCUGCAGGAGUUCGCCACGGUGCUGCGGAACCUGGAGGACGAGCGGAUGCGCAUGAUCGAGAAUGCCAGCGAGGUGCUGAUCACGCCGCUGGAGAAGUUUCGCAAGGAGCAGAUUGGUGCCGCUAAGGACGCCAAAAAGAAGUACGACAAGGAAACUGAGAAGUACUGCGGUGUCCUAGAAAAGCACUUAAACUUGUCUUCCAAGAAGAAGGAAUCCCAGCUUCAGGAGGCAGACAGCCAGGUGGACCUGGUUCGGCAGCAUUUUUACGAAGUCUCCCUGGAGUACGUCUUCAAGGUGCAGGAGGUCCAGGAGAGGAAGAUGUUUGAGUUCGUGGAACCCCUGCUGGCCUUCCUGCAGGGGCUUUUUACCUUCUACCACCAUGGCUACGAGCUUGCGAAGGAUUUCAGUGAUUUCAAGACGGAGCUGACCAUCAGCAUCCAGAACACAAGAAAUCGUUUUGAAGGAACAAGGUCAGAGGUUGAAUCGCUGAUGAAGAAGAUGAAGGAGAAUCCUCACGAGCACAAAAACCUCAGCCCUAACACGAUGGAGGGUUAUCUCUACGUCCAGGAGAAACGUCACUUCAGUACGGCCUGGGUGAAGCAUUACUGCACAUACGAGCGGGAAUCCAAGCGGAUAACGAUGGUGCCAUUCGACCAGAAAUCUGGAGGAAAAGCGGGGGAAGACGAAGCUGUUACCCUCAAAUCUUGCACACGGCGGAAAACCGACUCAAUCGAGAAGAGAUUUUGCUUUGAUGUGGAAGCCGUCGACCGGCCUGGCGUGAUCACCAUGCAGGCACUUUCGGAAGAGGACCGAAGGCUUUGGAUGGAGGCAAUGGAUGGCCGGGAGCCGGUCUACAACUCGAACAAGGACAACCAAAGCGAAGGCACCGCCCAGUUGGAUAAUAUCGGCUUCAGCAUUAUCAAGAAAUGCAUACAUGCUGUUGAAACAAGAGGGAUCAACGAGCAGGGGCUCUACCGAAUCGUUGGAGUAAACUCUAGAGUUCAAAAGCUGUUGAGCAUAUUAAUGGAUCCAAAAACAGCCACUGAAACAGAAACCGAGAUCUGUGCAGAAUGGGAGAUAAAGACCAUUACUAGUGCACUGAAAACUUACCUGAGAAUGCUUCCGGGGCCACUCAUGAUGUACCAGUUUCAAAGAAGCUUCAUCAAAGCAGCAAAACUGGAGAAUCAGGAAUCCAGGGUGUCAGAGAUCCACAGCCUUGUUCAUCGGCUCCCGGAGAAAAACAGGCAGAUGCUGCACUUGCUCAUGAACCACUUGGCAAAAGUUGCAAAUAACCACAAGCAGAACCUGAUGACUGUUGCUAAUCUGGGUGUGGUGUUUGGGCCAACUCUGCUUCGACCCCAAGAGGAAACAGUCGCUGCCAUUAUGGACAUCAAGUUUCAGAACAUUGUGAUUGAAAUUCUAAUAGAAAACCAUGAGAAGAUAUUUAACACUGUGCCGGAGACCCCGCCGUCGAACUCACAGCUGCUGCUAUCUCGCAAGAAGAGCACGGACUCGAAGCCUCCCUCGUGCAGCGAGCGGCCCCUGACCCUCUUCCACACGGCGCAGCCCAACGAGAAGCAGGAGAAUAGGAACAGUAUCAUCAACUCCAGCCUGGAAUCCGUCGUAUCCUCAAAUGCAAACAGCUUCCUCAACUCCAACAGCUCUCCCCAGCCCAACCUGAACUCAAGUGAUCUUGAACUAGAAGUAAUUAAACCCAACAGGCCAAAUUCACUGGAGAGCCCCUCACAAAGUCCUCAAGAAUAAUAAGAAGGGAAAAAACAGGUCCAGAUGACAUUUGCUUUCGGCAGACAACAGGCAGCAGCCAACAUUUCCAAAAAGUCCAUCACCACCUCUGCUAUUCCCACGAGAAAGAGAAAGGAAAUUGGACCCUACACGAAAACUGUUCUCCGAAUACAGAGGCCUCAUUAGUCUGAUCACUCAAAUGCGCCUACUUCUCCAACAAAACAGGACUUGGGCCUUGCGAUCAUGUAACUCAGCAAGGUGAUACUUGAGCAGUAUCUUUGAAAAUAAGUGCUGGUGUUUGACUGGAAGGAGAUAAGCCCUUGGCACUCAUCACAGACACAAGGUCUGUAGGCGCUCGGGAGGGCCAGCUCAGGUGGGAUCCUGAGAAGUCCAUUUGUUCUUCUUGAGGCAACGCACUGGAAAGACUUGCAGAGGAGGAUGACGAGGUGAGCAGAGGUGGCUCAGUCAUCAUAGGACCAUCUCUUCUGUGAGUAACUUGAUUGAAACGGGAUCAUCUUAAUACUUAAAGACCAGCAUGAUGUCAUUAUUUAAUGUAUCUCUCAGUUGUUUUGGUGGGCAUGGAGAGUGUUUUCUUUGCCACCCAGAACCCAAAGCUACCAAAAUCCUGCUGCAAAUUAUUGGUAGCCUCUUAGAUAAAGGCUGGCUUGAGAGCCAGGUUCUUGCUGCAACACUUCUUACUGCAACACUGCAGAAGUAAUUCUCUUCUCUGAGAAUCAUUUGAUUGCACUAUGCACCGUAAUCACAGUAGACUGAGCAGUUGGUGAGGCUGUGAUAGAGCUGACUUUUACAAGUAGCAAGAGCUGCAUUCUUUUAAAAUGAUUUCAUCUCAAAACACGUGUUGGGAAUUUGUGGUCCCGGUGCGCCGUGCAGUUGGAUGGGUGCUCUUCCAGACGUGCAGCGAGGAGGAGCGGGGGCUGGUGGUGGAGGCUGACCGGCUAGGUAGUACACGGCCCCGCUGCACCCAGCGAGAUGUCCUCUUGCACCCGGAACCCUCUGCCCAUAGAGCAGGGCUGCCUGCUGGUGUCGGUGGCCGACAGGGGCAUAAGCCUGGCCGUGUAUCGGUCACCGUGUCACCACCCCACUCCAGGGCACCUCCCGACCAUGGGCAAAGCGCCUCUUUGGAAAAGGCUACGCUGUGCGUUUGCUUGUUCUGUCUUGCCCUGCCUGGGGCUUUUGUGGUCCCUUGGGGACGUCUGCCUGCCGGGUUUGUCGCCGGCAAGAGGAGGAGCUGGCGUCUGGAGGCGUCCAAGGUGUCUUAGGACUCAUCCUGCUCUGAAGAUGGAACCUCGCUGAAGCAGGGGCUGGGGGCCAAGAGGUCCGUGUCCCAGUGUAAUGCUCCUUGAGAUGGGUAAGUCCAUGUAUGGAGCAGGUCACGGGCACCUCUGAAGAGCUCUUUGGGAUCACCAGGAUGGAGAAGGCUGCGUGAAUGGCGAGUAGCCGUGGUGCGAUGAAGGGCACAGCUGGCAGACCCUCUGCUUCCAGGUGCUAAACCUACACAUCCUCGUUCCGUUUGCACUGCAGACGUGCACCGUCUCGGAGGCUUGCACAGUAGCUUGGCUGUGUAGAGCCAGCAGCCAUUGUGUGCAGGUGUUACAACCAACGGACUUUGGCUUCCAAAAUACCAGCUCCUUGUGCAAUACGAACAGUGAAGGAGAAGUUCUAGUUCCUGAUGCCCAGAGGAGCGCACCCUCCAUGUCUUCAAAUGGAUCUAACAUGCUCUCUCCAUUAGAGGGCAGAAGCAUGCUUAUGCACAGAUAAAACAAAAUUACGUGCCCUAUGUGCUACAUAACUUGUUGUGUUAAGGACAGGUAGGACAUCACAGAUCACCACACAACUAUGCCUGCUGGAAAUAAAAAGGAGCAGGAAGAACUGGUGCUUCAAGGGUUAAUUUCUGCGGUUUGGGAUAACUCGGUGGUCUUUGUAGCACCUCCUUCUGUUAAAAGUUGGAAAUAGGCUUCCUAUAUGGUAAACACAAAUGUCUAGCAGAUUUGUUAAAGAUUAACUAAUGCAGGUAAUUACCUAUUUUUCAAAAGACUGACAAUUUUGAUAGAAAAAUACAAAAAGAUUGCUUUUGACUACCAAUAAUUAUGAGGAGGAUGUUGAUUAGAUCUGAGGAGAGGGGUGAACACUAAAUAUGAGGUGAAUUAUUUGAGUAUUCCUGUUAGUAUUCUGCCUAUUGUAUUACAAGCCUCUGUGAAAGUUGUGAUGCACUGCUGUAUUUCUAUACACAUGUAAUCCUCUGAAGUAAUAAAGGAAUUGCCUGUAAUUAC